AUGCCUAUCAAUUAUGCUUCCAAGACCAGCAGUGAGGGCAUGAUCGACAAUGUUGCGCAACUUGUGUUCCAUACCAGCAUGUUAAUGUGUGAGGAAACAAAUAUUAAAUUUUUAAUUGCUCUCGCCUUAGUGGCUUGCGUCAGUGCUGAUGUUUCGCACUUGUUCGAUCACAGCAAUAACUUGCAAGAAGAUGGUUACCACUACGAUCAUCCAGUUGUUGAUAUUCCCUUCCCUCAAUACGAAGCCCCUAAACCAGUGGCUCCUAAACCAGUUGCUCCUAAAUACGAUGCUCCCAAGCCAGUAGCUCCCAAGCCUGUGGCCCCUAAGGCUGGUGCUUUGGAGGAAGAUGGUUAUCAUUAUGAAGCCCCCAAGAAGGCUUUUGAACCUGCCAAACCUAAGAACGAAUACUUGCCUCCCGUAGUCAAGCCCUCAGCACCCGUUUUUGUGCCCCAAAAGCCCGUUCCUGUUUCUCCAAAACACACUGAUACACCAAAGAAGCCCGCUGCUCCCAAGAACGAAUACUUGCCUCCCGUAGUCAAGCCUGUUGCUCCCAAGAAGCCCGUUGCUCCCAAGAAUGAAUACUUGCCUCCUGUAGCCAAGCCAGCUCCUGCACCUAAACCAGUAGCUCCAGUCUUCAAGCCAGCUCCAGCACCUAAACCAGUAGCUCCAGUCUUCAAGCCCGCUCCUGCACCCAAACCAGUAGCCCCCAAAGCUGGUGUUUUGGAAGAAGAUGGUUAUCACUAUGAAGCCCCCAAGAAGGCUUUUGAACCUGCCCCCAAGAAGGAUUACUUGCCUCCUGUAGUCAAGCCUGCUGCCCCUGUUGUGCCCAAGAAGCCAGUUGCUCCCAAGAACGAAUAUUUGCCUCCUGUAGUCAAGCCAGUAGCUCCCGCACCUAAACCAGUAGCUCCAGUCUUCAAGCCCGCUCCUGCUCCCAAACCAGUAGCUCCAGUCUUCAAGCCCGCUCCUGCACCCAAACCAGUAGCUCCCAAAGCUGGUGUAUUGGAAGAAGAUGGUUAUCACUACGAAGCCCCCAAGAAAGCUUUUGAACCUGCCCCCAAGAAGGAUUACUUGCCUCCUGUAGUCAAGCCUGCUGCCCCUGUUGUGCCCAAGAAGCCAGUUGCUCCCAAGAACGAAUACUUGCCUCCCGUAGUCAAGCCUGUUGCUCCCAAGAAGCCCGUUGCUCCCAAGAAUGAAUACUUGCCUCCUGUAGCCAAGCCAGCUCCUGCACCUAAACCAGUAGCUCCUGUCUUCAAGCCUGCUCCUGCUCCCAAACCAGUAGCUCCAGUCUUCAAGCCCGCUCCUGCUCCCAAGCCAGUAGCUCCUAAAGCUGGUGUAUUGGAAGAAGAUGGUUAUCACUAUGAAACCCCCAAGAAGGCUUUUGAACCUGCCCCAAAGAAUGAAUACUUGCCUCCUGUAGUCAAGCCUGCUGCCCCUGUUGUGCCCAAGAAGCCAGUUGCUCCCAAGAAUGAAUACUUGCCUCCUGUAGUCAAGCCAGUAGCUCCUGCUCCCAAGCCAGCUCCUAAGCCAGCUCCCAAACCCGUCGUUCCAGCCAAGCUCAACAACGAAUACUUGCCUCCCACCUCCAAACCAGCAGCACCCAAGCCAGCUCCCAAACCUGUAGCCCCUGUUGUCAAGACUCCUUCCAAGCCCAACAACGAAUACUUGCCUCCUGUAGUCAAGCCUUCUGCCCCUGCUCCUAAACCAGUAGCUCCCAAACCUGUCUACAAGCCCCAACCUGCUCCUGCCCCCAAACCAGUAGCACCCAAAAACGAAUACUUGCCCCCCGCACCCAAGAAACAACCCGAACCCGAAGGUUACUUCUAUCCCAAUGACCCUAAACCCUCUUUCAGUUUCUAAAUUAUUUAAUUAAUUAAUCUAAUUAAUACCCAGUCCUUUUUUUUAAUUAGUUAAAAAGUAUAUUGUGAAAGAUCCAAAAAAUGUUUCUAGUUUAGUUUAAGAAUCUGUUUUCUAUUUUUUUUUACAUAAAAUACGCCAUAUUUAAAAUGAAAACACUGUAAAUGAUUAAAAAUGAUAUAAAAAAACUCGAGUUUGUUGGUAUCUUUUCUAUGCAAAGAACCAAACAAGUUGACUAUUACGAAAUAAUAAAAAAUGUUAAAAUAUUUAAAAAAAAAA